GCGUGUCACUAAAGUACCGAGUGAUUCAUCUUCUUAAACACAUACGAUCUUCGCUGCAACUCUUCUGACAGCUAGCAAGCAACUCUACAUCGCUUUAAACAAGCUGUACUACAGAGCUGGGUGGACAGGAGAGGGAAGGGGAGAGCUUUAAUCCUGGUCUCCCCAGCCAACCCUGAGUAAACCAGCCAACCAUGGAUGACAGCUCCUCACUGGGCAAAGUCAGCAGCUCUACAGAGUCCGUGGCCACCGUCACCAGUGAGGAGUUUGUUCUGGUACAGUCUAGCGCUGCUGGGUCACCACAAGGCUCUGAGGGCAAACCAAGACUCAAGAUGUCUUGGAACGGGAGUGAGCAGUUGGAGAAAGCAAUGGAGGAAGUGUUGGAUGAUGAUGAUGAUGAAGUGAAGGUGGAGAAGAGCAGCGUGGAAAAGAUGGAGAAGCACAAGGACCCAGAGAGCCAAGUCGUGGAGCCUCCACCUCCAGAGGCAUCAGCAUGUCCGACACCAUCCAGCCCCACUGUCCUGGAAGAAGACAGCGUCCAGUUCAACAAGCUGUCCUACCUGGGCUGUACCUGGGUCAAAGCCCCACGCAAUGAAGGAGAGGCACAGAGGGCGAUGGCCACCCUGCGAGCUGAGAGUGCGAUCCCCAUCCCCAUCACCCUGCAUGUCCCAUGUGGACCAGAUGGCUCUGUCAGGAUCGUGGACCAGGCCUCAGGCACAGAGAUCGCCUCCUUCCCCAUUUACAAGGUGUUGUUCUGUGCUCGUGGACGGGAGGGUUCUGUGGAAAGCGACUGUUUCUCCUUUACCGAGAGUUACCGGAGCUCUGAGGACUUCCAGAUUCACGUCUUCUCCUGCCACAUCAAAGAGGCUGUCAGCCGCAUCUUGUACAGUUUCUCUACAGCCUUUCGACGUUCCUCACGGCCGGCAGACAUCAGGGACACGGCGCUGUCCAGUCCACCUGAUGGCAACCUCUACACCUUCACUGUGUCACUGGAGGUCAAGGAGGAGGAUGGCAAGGGCAACUACGGUCCAGUCCCUAAGGACAGAGAUAAGUUCUACUUCAAGCUACGGCAGAGUGUCCAGAAGAAGGUUGUGGUUUCAGUUCAGCAGAUCUGCAACAAGGAGCUGGGCAUUGAGAGGUGUUUUGGGAUGCUGCUGAGUCCAGGUCAGAAAGUUUGCAAUAGCGACAUGCAUCUCCUAGACAUGGAGUCGAUGGGGAAGAGCUCUGAUGGGAAGGCCUACGUGAUCACAGGAACAUGGAAUCCCAACAUGGCGGCCUUCCAACCACUGAAUGAAGACACACCUAAAGAUAAGCUGAUCUACAUGACGGUGGCAGUGGACCUGGUAGUGACUGAGGUGGUGGAGCCAGUUCGCUUCCUGCUGGAAACUUUGGUCAGGGUUUAUCCAUCAAAUGAACGUUUUUGGUACUUCAGCCGCAAGACCUUCAGUGAGACCUUCUACCUCAGACUCAGACAGCAAGCACCAGAAAGGAUGGGUCAGAGCGAUGCUGUGUAUGAGGUGGUGAGUCUUCAGAGGGAGGCAGAGAGAAGCAAUGAAGGAAGAGGACGACUGGCCUCGCCCACUGAGGAAGAGGAGGCUGAUGAAGAUAGCGACAGUGAAAUCUACAGUGGGACAGGAGAUGUUUCCAAAGACUGUCCUGAGAAAAUCCUGGAGUCCUGGGGAGCAAUCCUCAACAGAUGGCAUGGGAACCUGUCCAGUCGUCCGAAGGGUUUGCCCUCAUUGGUUCGCAGUGGCAUUCCUGAGCCACUCAGAGCAGAAGUCUGGCAGCUGCUGGCUGGCUGCCACGACAACCACGACCUGCUUGAGCACUACCGCAUCCUCAUCACCAAGGAUUCAGCCCAGGAAGGUGUCAUCACCCGGGACAUCCACCGCACCUUUCCUGCACAUGACUACUUCAAGGACUCUAACGGAGAUGGACAGGAUUCACUGUACAAGAUUUGCAAGGCCUACUCUGUCUACGAUGAGGAAAUUGGUUAUUGUCAGGGGCAGUCAUUCCUUGCUGCUGUUCUCCUGCUACAUAUGCCUGAAGAACAGGCCUUCUGUGUGUUGGUGAAAAUCAUGUACGAGUAUGGCCUCAGAGCUCUCUACAAGAACAACUUUGAAGAUCUUCACUGCAAGUUCUACCAGCUGGAGAGGCUGAUGCAGGAACAGCUUCCAGACCUGUGGUCCCACUUCCAGGAGCUGAACCUGGAGGCACACAUGUACGCCUCCCAGUGGUUCCUCACCCUCUUCACUGCAAAGUUCCCCCUUUGCAUGGUUUUCCACAUCACUGACCUGCUGCUCUGUGAGGGUCUGAACAUCAUCUUCAAUGUAGCCCUGGCCCUGCUCAAGACGUCUAAAGAGGAUCUCUUGCAGGCGGACUUUGAAGGGGCUCUCAAGUUCUUCAGAGUCCAGCUCCCUAAACGCUACAGAGCCGCGGAGAAUGCUCGCAGGCUUAUGGAGCAGGCCUGCAACAUCAAGGUUCCAACCAAAAAGCUGAAGAAGUUUGAGAAGGAAUAUCAGACGCUGAGAGAGAGCCAGCUGCAGCAAGAAGACCCCAUCGAUCGAUACCAGAGGGAGAACCGUCGUCUUCAGGAGGCCAGUAUGCGACUGGAACAGGAGAACGACGAUUUGGCCCAUGAACUGGUCACCAGUAAGAUUGCCCUUCGGAAUGACCUUGACCAGGCGGAAGACAAGGCCGAUGUUUUGAACAAAGAGCUGCUGAGCACGAAGCAACGUCUGGUGGAGACAGAGGAGGAGAAGAGACGACAGGAAGAGGAGACGGCUCAGCUGAAGGAGGUGUUCAGGAGGGAGCUGGAGAAAGCAGAGUUGGAGAUCAAGAAAACCACAGCGAUCAUCGCUGAAUACAAACAGAUCUGCUCCCAGCUGAGCACCAGGUUGGAAAAACAGCAGGCAGCCACAAAAGAAGAGCUGGACAUUGUCAGGAGUAAAGUAAUGGGAUGUGACCACUGUAGAGACCUGUUCAGCACCCUUGGGUCCCUCCAGACAUCGUCCCCUGGCGGAAACAAAACAGCUUCCGAGCCAAUGGACGAGGAGAAGGACGGACUGAAGGAGCAGCUGAGGCAGCUGGAGCUGGAGCUUGCUCAGACCAAACUGCAGCUGGUCGAGGCCAAGUGCCGCAUCCAGGAGCUUGAGCAUCAGCGGGGAGUCCUGAUGAACGAGAUCCAGGCGGCCAAGAACUCUUGGUUCAGCAAGACUUUGGGAUCCCUGAAGAGCUCUGCCUCCUCUUCCACUAGCUCUACGUCCCAGACCCCCUCGUCUCCAAAGGAAGGUCCUGCCUAGAGUACUCACCCUGCCCGUCUCUUUCCCCCUGCAGGACGCACACUAGAGCUGAGGAACAAAAGUUGAAGAAGCAAGCAGUGGAGAAAUGCAGUAUUCCUUUUCCUGCCUCUGGCAAAGUGGAGCUUACUGGCUUUCUGGACUGUGAAAAGCUGAAAAAAUGAGGGAACAAACUGGACCGUUGGACCGUUCGAGUGAACUAGAAAGUGUCUAUUGACCUUCUGUGCUUCACAGGUGAUGAGAAAGGUGAGGGUGACGCAUCAGUGAGGCUGGAAGUUAAUUUUAAGUUCAUUGGUCGUUGCUGACAUUGUUUUGUUGAGUUCCAUCUCUAAAAACUCAUGAAAAGAAAGCUGAUUUAACACACAAUGUUAUCCUGUAUGUAAGUCAAUAAUUUAGCUCCACCUUGUGGCCAGACAUUGCUACUGCAGAGUUAGAGUCAUUUUUUUCUGGGUAAAGUAAGUAGCUGAGAAUUAAACCUGCAUUCAGUCUCACAACUGGGAUAAUAUUUUCAAUGAUGGUGAUACAGCCACAUCAUAGUGGUGUUAUAAGUUUACUGCUUAAAAAUAUAGUGAUAUAGCUCAGCAAAGCCACAGCACUCUGAAAAGGAAUACUGCAUUGAAUCUUAAAUCAGAACAACACAAAAGUUGUAUUUCUUUAUAGUAAUAUAACGUAAACAAUGUUGUCAUAUAAAUAUGUAUAACUAAUUAUUGAUUUUUUAAAUAAUCUUGUACAGUUCUUUAAGAGAAGAAAAAAAAACAAGGAAAAAGUUCUUUGUUAAAUUUUUUUUCUACUGUUCGGAAUUUGAAUGUCAUCUCUCUAGAUGUUGACGUAAGCACAGUGUGUGAUCGACCUGGUCGAGUCCAAACGCUGAAGAGCCAAAAAGUGACAACCUGCAGAAUUCUUAAUGUAGGUAAAGGCCCUACUUAUUUAAGCUGUGUAAUAUUCCUCUAAAUUUCACUAAUUUGAUUUUUUUUAAUUCUCAAUUCCAGUAAUGCCUGUAAGUAUUUAACUGGCAUUUCUAUUUUACGUUUUAUGUCACUGGAUAGAGAUUGUGUAAUGUUUGGUUAGCUGUGAUCACGACAGAAAUGGGCUCUCCGUUCCCAUUCUGUGUCGGUUCCGUCCUUUUAUACUUUUAAUGAUUCAGUUUAAUUCAUAGUCAAAACAACAUUCACAGUUAGUGUAACAGAAUGCCACACAUCUUCUGAAGUCUCCAGUUUUACAAAAAUACACAGUUGCAGAUUGACCCUGGUUACAUAUUUUUAGUUUUGAAAAUGUGUUAAAUCUGCCCCCUUUUAUGCUCUUUGUAUGUUUUAAGUUUGCACUAGCAGUGCAGGUUCCUCUCUGGUGUCUGCACUGCACACAGUCAGCAUAGUUUCAGACAUCAGGGCUUGUGUUCUUCUACAUUUUCUGCUGUUCAUUCUUUUCAAGAUUUAAAAGCUGCAACCACAGAGUCAGAUAACAUUGUCAACAUGGAUAAACUGAGUGUAUCAUUCUGCAUUAUGUUAUACUUUGCAUCUUGUUAAUCAUCUGACUUUCUACACCUCUUUAUACUGUUACUGUCAUCCAAAGCUCACUGUAGAUACCAGUCAGCACAUUGACGCAGGCUAUUUUAUCUUAAUACUACAGUGAAGGCUUUAAAGUAUCUAUUGUGUAGCACAAUUUAUCUCUAAAUAAGCGCCUAGCAUAAAGUUUAUCAGAUUGAGUUGCAAUAUUUCAUCAGUGUUGCCAAAUAGUCAUCAGGCCAUUUGCACAGCUGUGCCAACACCUUCUUUGCCCUUCAUCAUGUUAAAAGAAUUCACUCUUUUGUUAUCAAUUUAACCUUAAGAGGAUGACAACAUACUGUGGAUAUCAACAUUUCAUUUUCAGCUCUGUUGCUCAGUGCUAACAUUUUAGUAUAAACUAUAUUGAAUGAUAGCAGCCAACUAGGUAAAUCUGGCAGUUUUCACUAGGAAAUAAGUCAUGAACAUUUGGCAAGUUGCCAUAUCACUUUUAGUUGAAUGAGAUUACUUUGUUUUUUUAGGAAGGAAGGCUGUGAGUAAAAUGAACAGCAGAAAAUAGCUAAAAAGAUCAACCAACCACCAUGAGCUACUGAUUUGUAAAGAAAAGGAAAAAUUAAUAACACUUCAUAUGUAUGAGCUGCAGUAUAGGUGCCAACAGGCCUGCUUUACUGACACUGGAAUCAGCCUUUGGACUCUGACCAAGCCCAUGUGUAAUUGUUUGCGUGUGUGUUUGAAUGUAUGUAUGUGUGUGUGUUCUGCACUGUAACUCAAGUGGUUGAAGUUGAAAUGGUUUCUUCUUCACGUGGCUGCCUUUUCUGUUGAUGACUGAAGCCGUUGACUGUUUGAAAUGUCAGAGAGCGUCAGCUGUGCCAUAACAGCCUCCCUGGUCCUGACAGGCCGACCUCCCCUCUGCUCCGUCCACAGUGGUCUUCCUUUGUGCUCCCAAUGACCUGAACCAACCUCACCAACAACCAUGUCAUCUGCUCUUAAACAAAGAUCUGCUGAAUACCAUUUUCAGCAGUGCCCUUCACACAUUUCAACCAAGAGCUUCCCAGUACAACCACCAUCUUCUGCUGGUGGCCACUGAGCAGCUCGACAGGAGGAAAUAAACCAAUAACAUGUAAAGGGAGUAAAAAGAAGCUGACGGACUGAAUAACUUUGAAUUCCAGGUGUGUUUAGCGUUUCCAGGACAUUCCUUCUUCACUAUCGUGCAUCAUUCUUGUCGGUCGCAUCUGUGACAGUUACGAAGUCGUACAACCAGUGUCAUGUAAACUGUGGCCAAGCUGGAGAGAGCUCCUUGUCUUUUAUGUGCACUAACACAACAUUGAUAUUUUAAACACUAUUUCAAGAUGUGUGUUUGUUUAAAAGUUAUCCCGAGCACAGAGCAUAAUUAUUUUUUAACUGAUGAUUAUUGUUGCGGAGAGGACAGCUGCCAAUUUAUAAUCCACUCUAAUUCACACUUAAUUUCAAUGAUGCAAAAGCAGGCAGCGAGUCAGAUUAGAUGUGUGAUGUGUGUUGUGUAGUUAACAGUUUGCUGUAAUAUCACAGUCCUGCUACACAAAAGAGGGCCUGCUCCUCAACUGGUCCGACUCAAAACUGUUUGCUGUACAGUAACUGUACUGUAACUGUCUGACCUGCAUUAAUAAAUUUCAGUUUUUCUGUUCAUUUA